CGUAGAGAUGAGAGAGUUUCGUACUGGGCAGUCGCACAGAAUGAGAACCAGAUCCAUCGAGAAUAGGGCUCGCUCUUCCAAAUCGCCUCUUCAUGGUGAUUAUAGUGAAGAAAAUGAACAUGAAGAUGAUAUUGAGACGUAUAUAGAUCGCAUGGGGAGAGUACCCUGCAUAAGUUGUGAUAAGGGGGGUAAGAUGCUGGUUUGUAGUGUUAGUGACUGCCCUGUAGCAAUUCAUCAGAAGUGCUUACCGUCCAAACCUAGAUUUAAUGAUAAGGGAAAUUUCCUCUGCCCCUAUUGUUUGUACAAACAUGAAGUGACCAGGGCCCUGGAUUUGAGAAAGAAGCUUAUAUUGACAAAGAAAGCUUUGUCCGAUUUUGAAGGUGUUAAUAGUGAUCAGCAGAAGCCAAAUGAUGAGGGUAAUGGGAUGGAUGUUGAUGAAAUUUCUGUUGAAGCUGGCGCAGGCCCGGAGAUUGGGAGGGAUGAUGUGAUAUUAGCUAGCAAUGAUCAAGAUAGGAAUGUGGUUGAGCAUCAGUCUGACACACUAGCUCCUGUUGGUGGUCACAGGGAGAAAGUCAAUAGCAUUGACCCACCAAAGGAUUCUCGAAGAAAAGAAACACCAAAUGAGGUAAAGACAUUAGAAAGCCCUGAAUUUGUAAAUGUUGUUCAUGGAAAUAGGAGAGAAGAAGAGGCUUUGCAACGCAAUGAUGAUAGUCACUGUGUUAAUGAAGAGAAAGCUGUCUGCGUUCCACUCAGUGCAUCAACUGAAGGAACAUUUAUGUCCGAAAAAUGCAAAGGGAACCAAGGCAGAAUGGAAGAAGAAGAAGAAGAACAUGCACAUCCAGAAGUGGCAGGAACUGAGGCACCUGCACAUGACAGUGAGUUGUCUGAAGCAUCCAAUUCAGAUACUGUGGCACCUUUGGUACGUAGGACACGUGCCAAACCAAUGAAGACAGGGUUUAAGGUUGAUUUAUCAAAAAAAUCAUCUUCUCAGCCACAAAGGACUUCAGAGAAAGAUGCUGGGAACCAAAAGAAUAAAGAAAUUUCUCCCAAAAGGACAGGGAAAGCCUCAGAACCUUCUAAACCAGUGGAUUUGGUGACAUUUUGGAUUCAAAAGCCCAAGAAAUUAUUCUGGACAGCUGAAGAGGAAAACAUGCUAAAGGAAGGUGUGCUGAAGUAUUCAACCUUAGUGAACAAAAAUCUCCCUUGGAGGAAAAUUUUGGUAUUUGGUGGUCAUGUUUUUCAUUCAACUCGUACACAGUCUGAUCUCAAAGACAAAUGGAAAAAUAUAAUGAAGGAGAAGGCAAGAACAGGUCAAUGUCAUGAAUGAAGCCGAGGUAGCCCUAUAACCUUGAAGUAAAAGAAUGCAAACGUGGUGCUCGCUCCCCCUAGGCAGUGAUACCUGCCUUAUUUUGCCGCUUAUAUAACAACUAUUCCAGUGUGGCAGAUACGGAUUUUUGAUGGAUGAUGGAACGUGGGUUGGCAAAUGUACAGUGAAUUCCAAAUAAGGUGAAGAAGUGACCUCUAACAGGGAUCUUUGUAAUACCAAAUAUGAAACUGAGCAUAUUGUUGGAUGCCAAGUGUUUUGUUUUUUGGGAUGGCAACUGGGAUCCAUUUGAUGUCUGUGCGUAAGCUUGAGCUUUAGUUGAAAGCUGAUUUGCCAAACUUUGUACAUACAUGUCUGUUCUGUAUAUUGAUAUGUGGCUUUUGUACUGUUGGGAUAUCAGGAUGUUAACGGAACCCAUAUUAUUCU